GAAUUGUGAGAAGGUGGACAAGAAGGGAAGGCCCAUCUCUUUUUCUCCCCUUAGAAAAAGAAAAAAAAAAAAACAAAAACAAAAAUUCAAAAAAAACAUAGUAAAAAAAAAGUCUUCCAUUUUGCCCUAAAGUUCAUCUUUUUUAUACCUCUUCGCCGCUUUCAAUUUUUUCCUGUUGAAACCCUAAUCUUCCAAAUCUCCCUCUCUCUCGACAAAUUUAUUUAUAUAUACAUGUCUCGGAGUAUUGGGUUUUCGAUCCAUGGUUGAAAGUUUCAAUCUUUAGUUAUUUUGUAAGAUCUGAUUUUGAAUUGGGAGAUAUAAAGAGAUCUAUUUUAAUUCCGACGAUUCAAAAUUUGUAUUGUCGGAAUUAGUGAAGAUAAAAAAUUUUCUUUCAUUUGAUUGAAAAAAAAUGUCGAUUUUGCUGAAAACUGACUCGAUUCACAUUCGAGAGGUUUGGAUUGACAAUCUGGAGGAGGAAUUCGCGUUGAUGAGGGAGAUUGUUGAUGAUUAUCCGUUUGUUGCUAUGGAUACGGAGUUUCCUGGAGUUGUGAUUCGGCCGGUUGGGAAUUUUAAGAAUAGUAAUGAUUUUCAUUACCAAACGCUGAAGGAUAACGUGGAUAUGUUGAAGUUGAUUCAGUUAGGGCUGACAUUUUCGGAUGAGAAUGGCAAUUUGCCUAAGUGUGGAACCGAUAAGUACUGCAUUUGGCAAUUCAAUUUCCGUGAAUUCAAUCCGAAUGAGGAUGUUUUCGCGAAUGAUUCGAUUGAGUUGUUGCGCCAAAGCGGGAUUGAUUUCAAGAUGAACAAUGAGAGGGGAAUUGAUGCUAUUCGUUUUGGUGAGCUUUUGAUGUCGUCAGGGAUUGUGCUGAAUGAUAGCGUUCAUUGGAUUACUUUUCAUAGUGGGUAUGAUUUUGGAUACCUGUUGAAGCUGUUGACUUGCCAGGAUUUGCCUGAUACGCAAGCUGGUUUCUUUACCUUGAUCAAUGUGUAUUUCCCUAUUGUUUUCGACAUCAAACAUUUGAUGAAGUUCUGCAACAGCCUUCAUGGUGGAUUGAACAAGCUUGCGGAGUUGUUGGAGGUUGAGAGGGUUGGUAUUUGUCAUCAGGCGGGUUCAGAUAGCUUGCUCACUGCUUGUACAUUUAGGAAGUUGAAAGAAAACUUCUUUAGCGGUUCACUGGAAAAGUAUGCCGGUGUCUUGUAUGGUCUAGGUGUUGAAAAUGGGCAGAGUUCCCAUUGAGGAAAAAAAUAAAAAAAAUAAAAAAGAAAAAAAAAAAAACUUAAAAAAGGAUAGAUGUUUAUUACUUGUGUGUGAUGUAUGAUGCCACACUUCCAAUGUAUACUUUUGGUAAAAAAGUUUGUGGUUAUUUAUAAUAUCCACCUUACUUUGGUUUGAUAAAA